UGUUAUCCAUAUAGUUACUCUGAUCUACAAGAACACCUCCUAACCAUCCAGAAUGAUCCGUUCAAAUCAAAUGUGUGUCGUCAACGAGUUCUGUGUCGUUCUCUCGCUGGGAAUCCCGUCUAUCUAUUAACCAUUACAAGUCCCGAACCCGAAGAAGAUGGAAAGAAAAAACGCGCCGUCGUGUUGACCGCCCGCGUCCACCCCGGAGAAACUCCCUCCUCGUGGAUCAUGAAGGGAAUUUUGGAUUUCUUGACGGCAGAUCACCCCAAAGCACAUGACCUCCGUAGUCAAUUCAUCUUCAAAGUGAUCCCGAUGCUGAACCCUGACGGAGUGAUCGUAGGCAACCACAGGUGCUCCUUGGUGGGCCGAGAUCUCAACCGCCAGUACAAGAUGGUUGUGAAGGAGAUGUUCCCUGCGAUUUGGCACACGAAGGCCAUGGUCAGGAGGCUAAUGGACGAACACGGCGUCGUCAUGUACGGCGACUUCCACGCGCAUUCCCGGAAACACAACAUCUUUCUGUAUGGCUGCGAAAACCGUCGUAAUCAGGACAACCACCUGAGGGAACAGAUCUUCCCUUUGCUCCUUCAUUAUAACGGAGGCGAUAAGUUCAGCUUCCGCAGUUGCAAAUUCAAGGUGCAACGUUGCAAAGAAGGGACAGCCCGCGUGGUGGUCUGGAUGAUGGGCGUCCUCCACUCUUACACCAUGGAGGCUUCCUUCGGGGGGGCUUCCGAAGGACCUCGAGCAGGAACCCAUUAUAACAUACAGGACCUGAUUUCAAUGGGCAGGCAAUUCUGUGAAACGCUUGUUGAGUAUUUCGAUCCUCAGCCUAUUAAGGUAAUUGCUGUUUGCUAUUGCUGGGGGUCCUUGUUGGUGAGGCAAGUAGUACGUUGUGCAGUAGAGUAUGUGGUAAUAUGCUACGAAAAGGAGAAAUUAAGGAAUAAACUGUGGUCUCGCCUGAUCAAGAAGGGGUCGAGUGCUGACGAACCCGCCUCCAUUGACUUUAGCGAAACGAACUCCAGCAGCGGGGAAUCGGACAGGCAGACAACCCCCGUGAGAAUGAGGAAGAAGAAAGUGCAGAGACAUCCCAGGCGAAAGGGGGCUGGGAGGCAAAGCGUCGCUCAGGUUGUUGAUAAAGUUACAUCUCAGAUGAGAAUGGAAAAAGCAGACCGAAGACCCAAGGGCUUGCACCACAGCCGCUCCGGUUCCUCGGGCUCCCCCUCGACCAGCUGCAGGGACUCGCUUCCGGGGCACGGCGACCGGGUCAGUGGUAAAGGCGCUAGCGGCGCGGCGGAGGAGUCCGGCCUGGACAGCGCCACCUUCAAGGCUGCAUCAGACACCAAGCCGUGCCUUAAAAAGCUCUCAGAGAGACCUACAACCUCCAACAGUGUGCUUGACCUCAGCUCAGGACGUACAAGCCUUAGACCAACCCAGUACAAGCUAGAGGAAGCUUUGCCCACGCCCUGCUCUGCCCCCCCACUGCGCAGGUCCAGUCACAGCCUGAUCCGUCCCACCCAUUCCUCUUCUGCCCCCCGGGAGGCUUCCAUCUCCCCCGUCCCGCCAGAGAAACCCACCACUGGCUCUGUGAACGAGACCUUAGUACACAGACUCAUCAGCAACCAUAAACACAAGGAUCCUAUUCACAGUGUACGUCCGCCACAAUGUCCAGUGAAGAACAAUUUUGCCCACAGGGGUGGAAAUAUAGUCAUCUUAAUAUUCUUGUAA